UAUAUAUAUAUAUAUCUCUAAUAAUCUCCAUUUUAGAGAUUUAUACUCUCAAUUCUCAUCUCUUUUAUGUACAAUAAGAUAAGAGAAAGUGCAGAGGAAUUUUAUAAAAUGCCUUCUUCACUUCAGCUGCGUAGAAUCAACCCAAGCACCGCCACAUCCACCGCCACGCUCGCCGGAAACUACCACAAGCAACAAUCGAAAUCACAGCCUACAUGGAUCAUCCCCGUUUCCGUUUCUGUCCCCGACUAUGUAUUGCAUUAUCACACCCACGUUGUGGGCCCCAACCAGUGUUGCUCCGCCGUUGUACAAGCCAUCUCCGCCCCAAUCGACACCGUCUGGUCCCUCGUCCGCCGCUUCGAUAACCCGCAAGCAUACAAGCACUUUCUUAAAAGCUGCCACGUCAUUGACGGCGAUGGUAACGUCGGUAGCUUGAGGGAAGUUCGCGUUGUUUCUGGACUUCCUGCGGCUUCUAGUACGGAGAGGCUGGAGAUUUUAGACGAUGAAAAACACGUGCUCAGCUUUAGUGUCGUCGGCGGCGAUCAUCGGCUUAACAAUUACCGAUCGGUGACGACGCUGCACACGGCGGAUGAUGACGAGAAUAUGACUAUGGUGGUGGAGUCGUACGAGGUUGAUGUUCCACAAGGGAAUACAAAGGAAGAAACAUGUGUUUUUGUGGAUACAAUUGUGCGGUGCAAUUUGCAGUCACUGGCGCAGAUCGCAGAGAACUUGGCUAAAAGAAAGAAUUAUGAAGACCCAGAACUGAAACUUCAUAGAUUGGUAGAUUUCGAUGACUGUAAGGUUGGUUCUUGGAAUUGUUACAACGUGACUGUUUGAUAAUUCUGUGACAUUAUUCUACUACUAUAUGUGAAUACUUGGUUGUCACCAUCACAUAAAUUCCUCUCUGUUAUUUUA